AAAAGACGAGGGCGAAAAAAAGCUCAGUCACGGCUCGGUAAGCGGACAGUGAAGGUUACCUGCUUCAACAGUGCUUGAACGGCAACCUUUCAGCUGUCUUUUACAGUCGCCAUUUAGACCGUAAGAGAAGAACAUUACAGCAAAAAAAACCCGUCUUCAUCUUAGGUCGUCUUGCCUGCUGGCCUGAAAUCCCUCUUGCUCGCAAGCUAGCCGUUUGUUUUGCUAACUACGCACGUCAAUAAAACGACGUCACCCCCGUGUCGCAAGAGAGACCUGCUUCUGAAUUUAGAACCAUGAGUUCCCAGGUUAGACAAAACUUCCAUCAGGACUGCGAGGCUGCCAUCAACAGGCAGAUCAACCUGGAGUUGUAUGCCUCUUACGUCUACCUGUCCAUGGCAUACUACUUUGACCGGGAUGACCAAGCUUUGCACAAUUUUGCUAAGUUCUUCCGUGGCCAGUCACACGAGGAGCGUGAGCACGCAGAGAAGCUCAUGAAACUUCAGAACGAGCGGGGAGGCAGGAUCUUUCUUCAAGACGUCAGGAAGCCUGAGCGGGAUGAGUGGGGCAGUGGUGUUGAGGCUCUUGAAUGCGCCCUGCAGCUUGAAAAAAGUGUCAACCAGUCCCUUCUGGACUUGCACAAACUCUGCUCUGAGCACACCGACCCACAUUUGUGCGACUUCAUUGAGACCCACUUCCUGGACGAGCAGGUGAAGUCCAUUAAAGAGCUGGCGGACUGGGUGACCAACCUGCGUCGCAUGGGCGCACCUCAGAAUGGCAUGGCAGAGUACCUAUUUGACAAACAUACUCUGGGCAAAGAAAGCAGCUAAAUCCAUCCCGAUUCUCUUAUUUGCAUUCCGCUUUCUGUGUAGCCAAAAUAGGAAGCCACCUGCAUGCUACGGGCCAGUAUGUUAUUUUAAUAACUUCUGUUGCAUUACACUUCAGUCAACUUGAGCUUUGCAGUAUCCUGCAUCCCAUACCUGUAAUGUUCUUACUGCUGUUUUACACCAAAUGUCAAGCAGAAAAAAAUAAAUGAAAUUAACUUUA